AUGAAUGUACGUCAAUGCCGUGAUAUCCUUUUUUCAAAUCCGGAAAACAAUCCUGAUAUGUUACAAAGAAAAUGUCAAAUAUCUGAAACAAAUCCAUCGAAACACACUGCAAUCACCGAUACUACAACAAAUCUCAUUAACAGCGACAAUAGCGCAUUACUGCAAGAACUAUUCUGUGAGGCAUGUAGUACACUUUAUAAUGAUAUUCUCAAUGCUAUCGAUCACCAAUCGGUACUCAACGAAAGUGAUAUUUUACGUCGUCGAAUGGAAAUUAUCGAGCAAGGCACCGAACUAUCGGAUGCCCUUCCACAGUUAUCGAAUUUAAUUACUUCAAAAUUAAGUACAAUUAAUCGUGCCAUGGAACAUCUAGAAUUAAAUCGACGAUCAUUCGCAGAAAAUGCUGAAAAUACUACUAAAGACGACGAUGAACCAAUGGCAGUAUUAGAGCUUCGAAAAUGGCUUCAUACGAUGAGUGAAAAGCUUUCUAUAAUGGAAAGCAAAUUUACAAGAGUUAUACUUGCCCGAAACGAACUGGAUCGUUUGGCUGCUGACCAACAGAUUCUCCAAUUACAAAUCGAAACCGAAGGACAUACAUUAGUAAAUAACGUUCAACGAACUGUUACCAGAAAUUUGGAGGUAAAUGAAGAUGGAACAGAUUGCUGGAUUCAACGACAACAGCAACAUUUGAAAACACUGACAAAACGUUGGUAUCAUUUGUGGAUUCGAUCGUUGUCGGUGCAAUGUCGAAUUGAAUAUCAAUUAGAUCAUCUUUAUUCCAGUGAUGAGGAAUCAGAGAGUGAUCCGGAAUUACGAGAACCACAGGUGAAACGGCGACGUUUUCAUAGUAGUGAUAAAAAACGGAUGAAAUAUGAGGAAACGGAUGAAUUAGGACGAGGAAGUGACGAAGAUAUCAUACCAUUUGCUAAAGAAGAAUACGAAAGUAUCAACUGCGAAACGAUGCCGCAAACUGAAGAGGAAAAUUUAUGGAAAAAUGAUGAAAAAAUGAAAUUAGAUGAGUCAACAACAUCAUCAUCAACAACAACAACAACAAUAACUAAUAAUAGCUAUACAAUAGGACAUCAUCAUUCUGAUAAUGAUAAUUUCUUCAAUGAUAAUACGAAUAAAUUACAAGGAGUAAAUUCUCACGCAGUUUUUCCAUCACCAACAGAUACUGAUGAGCAACGACGACAACGAAUUCAAUACUCACCGGUGAAAAGUUUCUAUAAGACAGUACCACUAGAUGAAACUGGUGCAACAGAUACAGAAAUGACACGGGUACCAAUAUCAGGUUGGUCUACUAGUAAUUUAGGUUAUCCAACAACAGAUAUGCAUGUGCUUACCGAUUCAUUAAUUGUGAAUACGGAAGAGGAACCUGAAAUGGAUGCUAAUGGUGAUAUUGAGGAAAUCUUAUCAAUGUUAGAUGAUGAAAAUGGUAAUCCAAAAUGGGAAGAAUUUGAACGGCAAGGCACUCAAUGGCGUGAAUUUAAAUAUGGCAAAACUCGUUAUCAGUUAUCUUUUAAGCGUAAAUGGCUUCUUAGCUGUGAUGAUAAUAAUGAUAAGCAUUCUUGUGAUGCAUCAAGUGAGGAAAGCGAUGAUUUGCCAACAGAUCUUAAUAAUUCACUCAUUGAAAAUAAAUCUAUCAUACCAUCAUCUGUUCUGGAUAUGAAAUUAUCAUCGUUGAAAAGACGGCGCAAAGGACGACUUAGCGCUUCUGACCGUUUUCCAUCAAUGAUAAAAAUGUCUAAUAGUGCACUUGGACAACAGGAUGUGGAAAAUAGUAUUUGUUCACAGACGUGGUCUGAAAUACCUCAUCUUGAUGGUGCUACCGCAUCAUUAGGUUCAAUUCGUUUACCACCUGCACAAUAUUUGGGUAAUGCAUUUCGUAGUAGUAAACAUCAUACGCGACGUAAAUUACGUGCUCGACGUCUUCCACGUUCAAUGUCUGAUGGUGAACAUCUUGGAAUGUCUAUGGAUGUAUCAAUUCAUUCAGCACCCAGUGCAUCAGUGUCACAUUGGAGUGCAAACUUAUGUCGUGACAGUGACACAACAGGUCCAGAUCAGAGUGAUGCGCCACCAUAUGAAUGGGAUGAUUACAAGCCACCAGCUAAAGCUGAAGAUGACUGGGAUGAAAUGAGUGAUCGAGAAGAUAUAUCAGUAUUGACAAUUGAGGAUGAUUAUCAUAUGCAAUUUGAUAACUCGAACUUAUCACUUUCCACAGAUUUAUUAUAUUCAUCGAAUCACUCAACUUACAACAUUAAUGAAAAGAAAACAUCGAUACGAGAAAAAGCACCACGACCUAUUGCUACCGUUACCGGAAAAUGUAUACGAAAGGAUCCGAAUAGCAAUAUUAAUGAGAAAUUGGAAUUAGUGAAAGCAAGGACAAUACCAUUAAUUGAAUGCAAACUAUUGAAUUCAUCAAAAUUACAACAUCACUCAGAGUGUAAUUUGAAAAAUGUUUUGAUGACAAAUGAUGGUAACACAAAUAAAUGCAUUCAAUCCUUUCCACUUCCAACACUACCCAAGCAAUCACCAUUGCCUAUAAUUUUAUCGAAAAUUGAAAAAUUUGCAUCCUCGUUGAAGUUAAUUCACGAUGACGAUAGUGGUCUGGAUUCAUCAUUCUCGACAUUAUCAUCGAUUAGAUCAUUGAGUGAUAUCGUUAGCACUCUUAAAAUAUUUACCGAUAUUCAUGAACGAUUAUUGGAGGAGCAAGAGGAAUUGCAAAGUUUAUUAAAUUCAGACUCAUUUUCUGGUGAUUUAUCAGGUUUAUUGAGAGAAUUUGAACCAUUAUGUGAAGGUUAUAAGGAAGCAGUGAAACGAGUAGAGCAAUUAAUGGCGCAAAUUGAAGCAAUUCGAGAUAAAUGGAAUGAUUGGUCAGAAACGCAACGAAUUAUUCAAAUGAUGAUGCGAACAAUUGAAAAUGAUUUAUUAGAAUUACGAAAAGGAACUGAUAAUUCUGAACAGAUAUGUUCCGAAUUGGAAUUAUGUCAGGAACGAAUGAAUCGAUUAGAAACAGUAUGUAAUUACCUGAGCUGUAAUUUAGCAUCACUUCAUAAUCGUUCCUCCACUCAACAAUCACCGCCAAUCGAUUUCACUUCUGAAUUAGCAUUAUAUUCCAAUGCAUUAAUACAACUUAAAACUAGAUUUGAAAAAGAAAUGGGUCAUGUAAGAAGUGUUGAUAAAGCAACAUUGGUACGUAGUAGAAAACGAAUGCAUUUAAAAAAUGAUACAAAAAUGACAACAAGACAAAUGAGACAGGACAAUUGCGCAAGCGCUAUUCAUAUUAAUUGGUCAAUUAAACUGUUAUUUAUUGUUGCUGCAAUUGCAGCAUUUACUGCUUGGUUUACUACAUCAUCACUUGUACCGUGGCGAACAACAUUGGGACCACACUUAGAUUACGUUGACGGUCCACCACCUCUUUGA